CUCUCUCGCUCUCUCUUUCUCUAGCUCAGACAUAUUUAUCGAUAAAGUUUCAGACAAGAAUAUGUCUCGAAGAGCAUGCAAAAGAGUUAGCUUUAGUCCGGACCCGGAAGCAAACGAAGAACCGAUCUACCCAACACACAACGGCCUCAGCUCAUCGCGUCAUGGUCGUCGGAGAAUCAACUUAAGAAUUUUCAGUUUCGGCGUCAGAAGUUCGCCGGCACCGAAGAGAUUACUCCGUCGUAUUGGAGCCAGCGUCACCAAAACGCUGCGUUUUAUGUCCUUGGGAAGGAAGACUGCUAAGGCCAAGUCGACGCCGUUUUCUUCUUCGAGAAACGUUUCCUCGUCUUCGUCUUUGUCUUGUUCCUCGUCCUCGUACUCUUCUUCGUCUAUAUAUCUGGUGAAGUCAAAGUCUGUAAACGAAUCAGAGUCUCACCGUGCAGAAGCCAUUGAGGACUGCAUCGAGUUCUUAAACUCUUCUUCGUCUCUGUCGAGAUCAAACUCGAUCUCUGCGUGGUCUUGCUAAAAAAACGCCAUUUUUUAAUUGGUAAUGUAAAAGAUUCUUAAUUGGGAGUUGCAUAGGUCCGUUGAUUUAAUUAGCUAGCUAGUGAUUACAAAAAGUUAUAAUUCCCGUCUUCUUUUCAAGUUUCGUUACCAACUUAAUACUUCUUUGGCAAAAAUAUAUUUCGACAAAAUAAAAUCACAACUAAGGUUUAUUUCGUAAU